AUGGCGGUCGUCAGUCUUAUCUUCUCGCCUUGGGCAUUCGUGGGCGUCUUCGUCUCGCUAGUGGUCUACUACGUCUAUCCGUACCUGGUCACAUACAGGCAUCUUCGACACAUCCCGGCCCCUUUCCCGGCCCAGUUCACAAAUUGGUGGCUGUUAAUAACGGCCCGGCGAGGUAGCCGGUACGCCACGGUCCAUGAGCUGCACAAGAAGCUCGGCCCGGUGGUGCGGCUCCAGCCGAACCACGUCAGCUUGUGUGAUGAUGAGGCUAUUCAGAUUGUGUACGGCCAUGGGAACGGGUACUUGAAAGCCGACUUCUACGAUGCCUUUGUGAGCAUCCAACGAGGCCUCUUCAACACCCGGGACCGCGCCGAACACACGCGCAAGCGCAAGAUCGUGUCCCACACCUUCUCCGCCAAAUCUGUCGCCCAGUUCGAGCCCUACAUCCACAGCAACCUCGAGCUCUUCGUCCGCCAGCUCGACAACCUCAUCACCAGCUCCACCGCCGCCGACCGUGCCGCCCACUUCGACUGCCUCAACUGGUUUAACUACCUCGCCUUCGAUGUAAUCGGCGACCUAGCCUUCGGCGCCCCCUUCGGCAUGCUCUCCUCCGGUGCCGAUCUCGCCGAAGUCCGCUCUUCCCCCACAUCCCCCCCGAUCUACGCCAGCGCCAUCGAAAUCCUCAACCGCCGCGGUGAAGUCUCCGCCACUCUCGGCACCCUCCCCGCGCUCAAACCCUACGCCAAAUACUUCCCUGACCCCUUCUUCACCCAGGGCGUCAAAGCGGUCCAAAACCUCGCGGGAAUCGCCAUCGCCCGUGUUAAAGCCCGCCUCGAAAACCCGCCCCCCGCUCACCUGCAGCGCAAAGAUCUCCUCCAGCGCCUCAUGGAGGGCCGUGAUGAGAAGGGUGAGCCCCUCGGCCGCGAGGAACUCACUGCUGAAGCCCUCACCCAACUCAUCGCGGGGAGUGAUACCACUUCCAACUCGUCCUGCGCGCUGCUGUACCAUGUUGUGCGCACCCCGGGGGUGCUGCGCAAAUUGCAGGCGGAACUGGACACCGCUCCCGGGAUCCCAGAGGACUGUGACGUGCCGACGUUUGAGAUGGUGCGUGACCUGCCGUAUUUAUCGGCUGUCGUCAACGAAACGCUACGUAUCCACUCGACGUCGGCACUGGGACUGCCACGGCAGAUUCCGUUGUGCAAGGAAGGCUUGCACUACAAAGGGUGGUAUUUCCCGCCUGGGACAGUGUUGAGUGUACCGGCGUAUUCGGUGCAUCACUCGACGGAGAUUUGGGGGCCGGAUGCGGAUGAGUUCAGGCCGGAGCGGUGGUUGGAUGGGGAAGAAGGGAAUGCGGAAGGGUUGACGGCGCGACAGAAGAACGCGUUUGUGCCGUUUAGUUAUGGGCCGCGGUCGUGUGUGGGACGGAAUGUGGCGGAGAUGGAGAUGAAACUGAUUGUGGCUACGUGGGCGCGGCGGUAUGAUGUGAAGUUGGAGCAGGAGGUGAUGGAGACGAGGGAGGGGUUUUUGAGGAAGCCGUUGGGGUUGGACAUUGCGUUGACGAGGAGGUAG